CAUGCAAUCUUUUUAUUGACACUUUCAAUCAAAACAUCAUCUCUAUAGCAAUAUAGAAAAUAUUCAGACAUUUCGCAAAUCCACAACAAAAUUCAGUUAAAUUAUAGCUUGAUUAGUUGUCCCAAACUCUAUUACAGGACAUAAGUCUACAUUGUUUCGGUUAAACAUUGAGAGACAACCAAUUGACGACUUUUGGAAAUGCCAAUAUUUGAGUAUGUGUAAAAUCCAUAGGGGGCUGGAAAGCCAUGAAUGUAUACAGUGGCGCUCGCAGUAUUGCCUUGAGGCGAGAUUUGGAUGCUUUGUCCGUAUUCUACGAAGAACGAAGCGCUGCUAAUCUUAAGAAACAGUUUAAGCUGAGUAAGACAGCUUGUCCUGGACUAAGUUUCCUCAUUCAUGGAUUAAUUCUUCUUGAUUGCGAGCACUUUGUUAUUGAUUUUUUGGCAAAGCCAAAAAACUUGAAAUGUGAAAGGCGCGACAUUAUCUUACAGAUCGGAGCACGCCUUCCACAGAACUAUAUCAUACGAAACUCGCGGAUAAUGGGCAAGUGGGGCCCAGAAGAAAAUUCCUCUAAUUUACCUUUUCAACUCAAACGUGGUAAAACUUUUUGGAUGCAGGUGCUGCUGACAGAUUGCUCGUUUUUCAUUUCGGUAAAUGGCUUUCACUUCGCCACGUAUAAUUACCGAAUGCCUUAUAAGUGGAUAAGCGGAGUUGAUGUGCGCGGAGAUGUCUCUGACAUUGUCAUAGACAUCUUCCAUGUUACGGAAUAUCCAAUUCGCGUUAGCCGUAGUUUGCCGAACGAUUUGCCAUUUAUCAAUGAUUUUUCAAGAGAACUUUUGCUUCAGAGCAGUCAAAAAAAGCCGAAUAAGCUACAAAUAAUUCAAACUCCAGUUCAAUUCGUCGAUCGUCCUAUUGCUAAAGCUUUGAUCGUACCAUUCUACGGGCGAAUGCUAGAUGAUGAAAAACUAAUUGAUGGUCGUAUGAUGCGCAUCGAAGGUCGCGUUCGACUAAUGCCACAAAGUUUUUGUGUAACCUUACAGUGCGGGCAGAACAUUUGGCCACACCCAACCAUAUCGUUGCUAUUUAGUCCUAAUUUCCUACGGAGCAGUCGCACCAAAGUGGGGAAGGCCAUAAUAACGAGGAGCGCCUAUAUAAACGGUAAAGAGGUAAAUCGUGAAGUUUCACGUCUCCACACAUAUUUGGGACCGGGAAAAGCAUUUGUUCUUAUAAUCGCCUGUCGGAAGAACUGCUAUGAACUAUUUGUCAACGGGCACUCGAUUCUGACUUUCAAGCAUCAGAUGAAUCCCGCUGAUAUUGAUAUGGUUAACAUCAGAGGUGACGUGAAGCUCUGGAAUGUUGUCACCGAGGUCGGCACGCUUCCGGGGCGGGUCCGCCAACGUGCGAUUCUCAGCUCGGUUGCCAAAGCGAAAUAAGUACAAGAUUAUACAAAAAGAUGCAUGCCUAACAAAAAGUUUUAUGUCUUAACUAAAACUAUAAAUUAAAAUUAUAAUCGUCAGCUGAA